UCUCGGUUCUGGCAGCUGGCCACGAUGGAGUCCAAACCCCCCCUCAUAUCCUCCACGACGGAAGUGCGGUACUCUCCUCCAUGGGACGAUGUCACGAUCAUCGGUGUCGCGGGCUCUUCCGGCUCGGGGAAGACUUCGGUAGCUAUGCAGAUUGUGAAGUCGCUGAAUCUUCCAUGGGUCGUCAUCCUCGUAAUGGACUCCUUCUAUAAAACCUUGACGCCGGAGGAAAGUGUCAAAGCCCAUGCCAAUGAAUAUGACUUUGACUGCCCUGAGUCUCUGGAUUUCGAUAUCCUAGUACAGACCUUAAAGGACUUGAAACAAGGGAAGAAAACGAAUAUCCCUGUCUACUCAUUCGCGGAACACCAACGUCAGCCUUACACCACACCUCUCUAUUCGCCGCAUGUCCUUAUACUAGAGGGAAUUCUUGCACUUCAUGACCCUAGAAUCCUGGAGAUGUUGGAUGUCAAGAUCUUUGUCGAAGCAGACAUGGAUGUAUGCCUUGGACGUAGAAUCCUGCGUGAUGUCAGCGAAAGAGGGCGUGAUAUUGAAGGGGUCAUAAAACAAUGGUUUGGCUUUGUCAAGCCAUCCUACAGGAAAUACGUGGAACCUCAGAGGGCUAUCUCAGAUAUUAUCAUCCCCCGCGGAAUUGAAAACAAAACAGCUAUCGAUAUGGUGGUGAAGCAUAUUCAACGCAGACUACAGGAGAAGUCUGAGAAGCAUAGCGAAGAUCUGCGCAAACUCGGUCUUAUCGCCUUAGAUGGGGAUCUAUCUCCUUACGUGCAGGUGAUGUCCCCGACGUCGCAAUUUCUCGGCAUGAAUACUAUCUUGCAGGAUCCAUCAACGGACUAUGUCGAUUUCGUAUUCUAUUUUGACAGGCUUGCUGCUCUGCUGAUCGAGAAGGCAUUGGAUUAUACGGAAUACGAGCCUAUGACCGCUACGACACCCCAGGGUUAUACUUAUAACGGUCUAUCCCGAGUGGGCAUCACGUCUGCUGUUGCAAUUCUCCGUGGCGGGUCCUGUAUGGAGACGGCGCUGAAACGGACCAUUCCUGACUGUAUCACCGGUCGCAUUCUCAUACAGACGGAUAAGGACAAGCAAGAGCCUCAAUUACACUACCUGAAACUCCCUCCAGGUAUUGAACACCAUACCACUGUCAUGCUCCUCGAUCCUCAAAUGUCGAGCGGCGGUGCUGCUUUAAUGGCAGUCCGGGUCUUGAUUGACCAUGGUGUUGAAGAACAGAGGAUUGUUUUUGUGACAUGUGCUGCCGGUAACAAGGGAUUGAAGCGGUUAAGCACGGUGUACCCCAAGGUCAAGGUCGUAGUGGGACGCAUUGAAGAGGAGGGGGAGCCCAGAUGGAUAGAAAAGAGGUAUUUUGGGUGCUGAAGUUGCCAGUUUGUUGAGACUGGUAAGUUUGAUGGAUUGUCUAUGAAGUGAUUUUAAUCUGCAUUCAAGCACGGUGUAUGGUGCUUCACCUGGGUAUAUAUAUCUGUCUUGACGCAUGUUUAUGGAAGGAGUUGAAUAUUAGGUGCAUUUAAGACCAGUAGAGUAAUGAAUAAAGUGAUAUCAAACAUGAUACCAGAUCAUCCUAGAAAUAUAUAACUUUCCC